AUGGGUUGCUGUGGCAGAGCGUGCGGAUGGAAUGGACGUGCGUGCCUGCGCUGGCCUUUCCUGGCGCAGGGCGACCGAGUUACCUGGCAAGAGCAGUGCUGUGCUGAGAAGAAUAUCCUUGUUGGUAGCCAGAGAGAGCUGAUGUGCAACAGCGUCCUGGGGGCUGCAGCCCGCAAGCAGCUGUCCGAAGCACAUGUCGACCUCCCACUUGCAGCAAACGAGAUGGGGCUUCCCAUGACGGUUGGUCAAGACGAGAAGUUGUUUUGGACAGGGGAGGGAGCUAAGUCAGAGCUUGGGAAGCUCGGCUGGGCCAAAGAGCACGGCCAGGUAUAUGACAGCUUCUUGAGCUGGCAGCCCCUGUCAGUGAUUGAGGGCAUACUUCUCGGUUACUGGAUGCCGAAGAAAAUUCUGGGUGCCCAGUCGUUGGCGCAG